AUGAGUAACCAAGAUCUAGAUCCAGAUAGUACUACAGAUGAAGAUGUUACAGCUGCUAAGGAAGAACUUAUUAAAAAAUGUGAAGAAAUGUGGAAAGAUCUGCAAGAAUAUCAGAAUAAAUUAUCACUUAUUGGAACCGAGACACUCACUGAUUCAAAUGCUCAGCUGUCAUUAUUAAUUAUGCAAGUGAAAUGUUUAACUGCUGAACUCAGUCAAUGGCAGAAAGAAAUUCCUGAAAUACUUCCACUAAACGAAGAGGUUCUGGUAACAUUAGGAAAAGAAGAGUUCCAAAAAUUGAGACAUGAUCUUGAAUUGGUACUAUCUACUGUUCAGUCAAAGAAUGGAAAGUUAAAGGAAGACUUGGAAAGGGAGCAACAAUGGUUGGAUGAACAGCAACAGAUAUUUGAAUCUCUCAUUGUACUACACAAUGAAUUGAAGCAUCAGACUGUGACAGAAUCAAGAACCUUUAAAGAGCUGAAAACUAAACUACAUGAUGUAAAAGAAUAUAAGGAGAAACUAUUGGUUACCUUGAGUGAGUUUCUAGAAGACCACUUUCCUCUGCCUGAUAGAAAUGUUAAAAAGAAAGGGAAAAAUACUCAAGAAUCAACUAUACAGCUGAUAACAUUACAUGAAAUGUUAGAGAUUCUUUUAAAUAGAUUAUUUGAUGUUCCACAUGAUCCAUAUGUCAAAAUCAGUGAUUCUUUUUGGCCACCUUAUAUUGAGCUGCUCCUGCGUAAUGGAAUUGCCUUGAGACACCCAGAAGAUCCAAACCGAAUAAGACUGGAAGCUUUCCAUCAGUAA